AUGAAUAACAGAAACAGCGAAGAAAAGGUAACACAACAAUGCAUUCAAAAAUUAGAAGAGUUAUUAAAAUUAGAAGAAAAUAGAUAUUGUGUUGAUUGUGGUGCUAAAAAUCCAAGAUGGUGUUCAACAAAUUUAGGUAUCUUUAUUUGUAUGAGAUGCUCAGGUAUUCAUCGUUCAUUAGGUGUCCAUAUUUCAAAAGUUAGAAGUGUAACCUUGGAUAAAUGGAAUUUCGAUUUAUUAGAACAAAUGCAAAACAUGGGUAACCGUAAAGCUAACCAAAUUUAUGAAGAGUUUAUGCCAGCUCAUUUCAGAAAGCCAGAUCAUAAUACUGAUACUCAUACUUUAGAACAAUUUAUUAGAGGUAAAUAUGAAAGAAAAGAGUUUAUGAGAAAAGACUCA